CGUCAAUCCCAUCUGUCCUCACUCUCGACUGCUCACCACCGGCGACCCUCCCAGCAUUCCUCGCCCAGAGACCGUUCCGCUCCCAGUCGCUUCCACGCCUCGGACGAUCCCUCUUGCGCAUUCGUUUCGUUUCCGGCCCUCGCUCUGCUCUCCCUUGCGGGUCUCUGGCUCCAGCGGAGCUGACUGCCCAUCUGUCGCCGCGUUGCAGGACAGUCGCUUGUGGGUGGACCGGCGCAUGACCGACAAGGAGAGGGCCCUUGGUCGCCGGAUCCUCUCUGCCACAAUUUUGAGACAGGUGUGAGUGCAGACUGCGGCACGGUGCCGCGCUGCUCUGCAAACUUCGCCGUCUGCUAUGACGACCUACUCGACCAUCACGGAUGGUAACAACGCCUCGUCUGGAGGCGCUCGCGACAUGUCGAGGACACGGCGACGAGGCGGCAAGGAUGGCGGCCACGGGGGCCAGGCGACGACAAUCAGCAGCAUUGUCAACCUGCUAAAUACGAGUGCGGCCGAUCCUCUCGAGCGACACACUCAUCACUUGCUAACUGUCGUGCAGUUGUCGGCGCCGGCACCCUGGCCAUGCCCUCAGUGCUGUCACACAUGGGGAUCAUGCUCGGUGUCGUCCUGGUAUUAUGGUCUGGCGUGACGGCCGCCUUCGGCCUCUACCUCCAAUCCAAGUGCGCUCGCUACCUCGAUCGCGGCACAUCGUCGUUUUUCGCCCUGUCGCAAAUAACAUAUCCCAAUGCCUCUGUCAUCUUCGACCUAGCCAUUGCUGUUAAAUGCUUUGGCGUGGGCGUGUCGUAUAUGAUCAUCAUCGGCGACUUGAUGCCCGGAGUCAUGCUUGGCUUCAACGAUCGAGCGGCCGAUAUUCCAUACCUCGUCGACCGACAUUUUUGGAUUACUGCCUUUAUGCUCCUGAUUAUACCUCUGAGCUUCCUGCGUAGGCUGGAUUCUCUCAAGUACACUAGUAUUGUCGCAUUGGUGUCGAUUGGCUAUCUCAUUGUCCUGGUCAUCUACCACUUCGCCGCUGACCCUCACGCCGACCCGAGUGAUAUUCGAGUCAUCAAGUGGGCAGGAGCCGUGGAGACGCUCAGUGCGCUCCCGGUCGUCGUUUUCGCUUAUACCUGCCACCAGAACAUGUUCUCCAUCAUCAACGAGAUCAAGAACAACUCGCCCGCGAGCAUGGUCCGCGUUGUCACGUCUAGCAUCGGCUCUGCCGCCUGCAUCUACCUCGUAGUUGCGAUCACAGGGUAUAUCACCUUUGGUAAUGCAAUUGUUGGUAAUAUUGUAUCCAUGUAUCCUACUGGGGCAGCCUCGACCAUCGGCAAGGCAGCCAUUGUUGUCCUUGUCCUCUUUUCGAUCCCUCUACAAGUCCAUCCAUGCCGCGCCUCCCUCGAUGCCGUUGUCAAGUGGCGGCCGAACCGCAACAGCUCCGGAGCCGGCAGGCCAGGCUCUCCCUUGCUGAACCCCGCGUCGGCGCCACGAGGCGAUCAUGGGACGACGGUGCCCAUGUCCGAUACUCGUUUUGCCCUUCUUACCACUGUCAUCUUGACACUCGCCUACUUUACCGCGCUCUCUGUGAGCAGUCUUGAUCGAGUCCUUGCUUUUGUCGGCAGCACUGGUUCGACAUCGAUCAGCUUCAUUCUCCCCGGAUUGUUCUAUUAUAAAAUCAGCGACCCCGAAAGCAUUCACCACCAACGACUGCUCAAAGCCGACGAUGACAUAGAUGACGAAGGUGACUCGGACCCAGAAGAAACAGGAGGCAUUCUCGGUCAGAGCGCCGGAAGCUUGCCAGAGACCACGGGCGGCGCGACUCCUCGUAGCCAGUGGCGCUGGAGGAAAAAGUGGCGAUGGGAUCUGGAGCACCUCGACCACGGUCUUCUCCGGAAGCUGGCCCUUUCUCUCGCCAUCUACGGCAUUGUCGUUAUGGCCGUGUGCUUAAUCAUGAACAUCUUCUUCGCUGUCGCUCAUUAAGCAAUUUAUUUCCUGGUCGCAAAACACAACGAAGCCCUGCCGCAGUCACGGUCGUGCGGUAGCGGCAACGGACAUAUGUUGGACUGCAUUUCAGGAAGGUUGGUUCUUUCUUCGGGUUUCACGUCAUAGGGUUUGUACGGAAGGCUACGAGACCGCGGCAAUGCUGCUCUCGUGAUUGGAUACUUGGGCAGAGAAGAAAGCCCGGAGGUCAUUAGAAGGAAAUACCCACGGUAUGUGGUUGUAUAUCGAAGCGCUGAAGCAACAUUCAUGUCUGUUCCUG